AUGGCGGAAAACCUUCAUACUCACGCGAAGAGUGGAACACUCAACCUGGAGAACGUUCCACAACUCCUCAUUGAGGUGGAAGUCAAUGACGAGGAUAGCUAUGGUGAUACAGCCCUUGACCUUGCAAUUCGAAACGGCCACGUGGGUGCAGUAAAGCUGCUUCUGCAGAACGGUGCCGACGCCAACAGAGUAUCUCCGGAUGGCAAGAGCCCUCUCUAUGCGGCCACUCAAGCACCAAACAGCGGCCGUAUUGUCGAGCUUCUGCUCAAGCAUGGCGCGAAGUCAGAUGAGCCGGUUUCAAAGCCAAAGGGUGACACUCCAUUGAUGUCAGCAAUCCGACAAGGCACCAGUCCCGAGGCCAUUCGCGCACUUAUUCAGGCAGGAGCAGCCCUCGACAGGUCAAACGAACUUGGCGAGACACCUAGAAAGCUUGCUGAAAAGUCCACAAACACCGCUGUUCAUAAGUCUAUUCGCCCCAAAGAUGAGAAGCCAGAAUGGAAACCCGAGCUGGAGAAUCUUCUCGUAAGCUCUGGUCUCUUUGCCCUGGCCUACUUCAAAAACUUCAAGGAUGUCGGUCUGAACGCCAUAAACCGUGUUGCUGCAUUGUCGGAACCAACGCCAGGCCAAAUCACAAAUCCACGCACGGCAGAGGAGUUCAAGGCAAACCUCGAUAAUUUUAUCAAUGCAAAGGGCCUUGAGGACUUCUACCCUGCUGGUAGCGAAUAUGUGGCCAAGGUAGCAGAGAACGCAGCGAGAAUCUUAAAGGAUUCAGCUUUCCCAGGUGCAACACCCAGGAAUGUGACCAUCAUGUCUCGCCAAGCAUUGUACCAGCCAAUCUUGUAUUGUGAUGACAGUGGCUCGAUGAAGGAUGAUGACCGCAUGAACCGUCAAGCAUUUAUGGUUGAACGGAUGGCAAACCUCAUCACGCAGGCUGCCCCCGAAGAGGGCACGCUCGUCCAUCUUCGUUUCAUCAACAAGAGCGACAAGUCUAAUGACCUCAAGCCCAGCGAUCUUUCCUCGAAGAUGAAUUUCGCACCCAAUGGAUCGACUAAACUGGGUACAAACCUUAAAGAGAAAGUCCUGAAUGACUUCCUCUACGGGCCAGUGAACGGUGGCCAAACGUUGAAGCGACCACUUCUUAUCCUGACAAUCACGGACGGAUGUCCAAACGAGGAGCCUACUAAUUCAUAUGAAAAUGAAGUUAGAGCAUCGCUCAACUUUGUGAAGAGCAAAGGUUACGGAGAUGAAGCCGUCCGUUAUGACCUCAGCCAGGUGGGUAAUGCGACCGAGGCUACUGAGUUUUUGGGAAGUUGGCAAUUGAAUACUCUUGUACCUGAUAAUGUCAAUGUGACUGCUGAACAUCUGGACGCUCAGUUCGAGAAUCUCAGAGAUAAUGAUGCUGAGCUGAAUGAUUGGAUUUUGGAGAGACUGAACGCAAGUAACCCGAUCGUUUAUUAG